GCACGUGGUCCUCGGCUACACUCGGCGUUCGGUGUUCGGUGGACGGAACGGAGGCGCACGGACGGUGGAGGGGCAUAUCGUUACAUUUUAAAACUAAAAUUCAUACCUUCACAUGGCGUAAACAGAAUUUAGAAAAACAUUUUGCUGUGGAUGCUAUAACACCAUGAAAACUUUCAAAAUCAUCGUUUUUUUAUCUCUUUGAUAUUAUUUUUCUCAAAAUCGUAACGAGAUAGCUAAAUUUCGACAACAGGUUCGUGUUCAGCACGCAAACAUCUAUAAAAAUAAUGUCGUUUUAUUACAUCCACAAUAAAAUUGUAUAUUUUUGCAGGCUAGUAAUAUUCAAGGGAUCCAAGAAUUUUUGGAUAUCUUAUAUAUUAUGCAAACCAAAAUCUCAUGCUCUCUACAUUUAUUACUAACCUUUUUGAAUAUAAAUUUGCAAUUACUUUUAUUUUAAUAUAAUGCUUAAAAACACUCAUAUGACUACUUUAGCAUCAAUCAUAAAUUUUGAUUUUUUGUAAUUUUUCCUGUGCCUGAGUGACAAAUAAUUUUUUUUUCUGCUAUUAGAGGAUUCCAUAAACAAUUUCUAAUAAAUGACAUAGGUGUCGGUCGAGGCCAAAAAUGGCGUUCACUUAACUUCCUUCUUUUAAUUCUUAUUCCUAAUAUCUUAUAUUCUUCUAUUUGACGCAGGCCCUUACCCUUCAUUCCGCGCACGACCGCGAACCUUUCGACUCUCCGUCGAAAAAAAAUCUGCAGUACCGACGUCGAGUGAGUUCAUCCGUGACUCCAGCAUUAUGCCUGCAUAUAAAAUAAAAUUUUAUACAAUAAAACAAAAUACUGCCAAAGAAAUGAAAUUCACAUUUGUCACUUUAUAAAGAUGUUGUUCGGUAGUCAAUGUAUAUCGUUCUAUAUUUUAACUUCAGAUUUAAAAACUUUUUACAGUUUUGAAACCUUUAAUGAUAAGAUUCAAAACAUGUAAAAAAAAUUGUAACAAAAUAUUAAGUAGAACUUAUUAGUGGAGAAAUUCACGUUAAGGUGUAAUUAGCUAUUAUAAAUUGUAAAAUAAUUAAACUAUUUGUGUUGCAGAGAACGAAUAGAACACUUCAUUGACGAAAAUAAAGCGUUGAUGAAAAGAAUGUAUGGUGUUUUUGAAAUGAAUUCAGGAUACGGAUCGAGUGAUCAUGGACAUCAUGCUAGAACACGAAGAAAAAGUAGAGAAACACGAAAGCACGAUAUUCCAGAUGGCGGGCCCAAAGAUAAUGAAUCGCAUAUAGAAAGCGAAAUUGACGAGGAGUAUUUUAAUAAGAAUAGAAAUAGCAGGCAGCCCACCGGGAAAAACCGCAACACAGAAAGAGGCAGAAUUGACGCGUGCGAAUCAAAAGUUGAAAUUGUGACCCCUUACUGGGCAAGCAACAGCGCCGGCAAGAUUCGUGCCAUUGUGAAUACUCAACAUUUCGAGCAAGCAAUACACCAGGAGGUGUGCUCGAAAACGCAAACAAAUCGAUGCAAUGAAGAUUGCGGAUGUGAGCAGAAAUACAAAUGGCAUAGAUUGCUUGCGUACGAUCCAGACAACGAUUGUAAGGGUAUAUUUAUGGAUUGGUUCCUAUUCCCUUCUUGUUGCGUAUGUAGAUGCGAUCCUAUCAACAAUAGCAAAUUCUCUUCACCGGGUGGUCGAAACUAAUCUUGAAAUUUACACAGAGAUUGAAAGACAAAAGACAUGCCACAGACAUGUAAACUCUAAUAGUUCGUUUAUUCUUAAUGUAUAUUAUUUAAGCGAUUAUCAUAAGGAUUUGAUCCGCAAACCUGUGAUAAAAAGUGUGUGUGUGUGUGUGUGUGUGUGUGUGUGGGUGUGUGUGUGAAAUAUAACAAUAAUAAAAACAAUAAUAAUAACAAUAAAAACAGCAAUAAUAAAAAGUGUUAUAAACAGGUACUGUUUGCAUAUCAGUCAAUUUGAGAAAUCUAUCGCUUUGAUUUAAAAAAAAAAUAAAGAUAUUUUAAGAUUUAAAAAUUGCAUAAACGUCGACGCAUUAGUCGACAUUUCUCUACUAAUAAGAAUUAGUCAAAUUAUUGAUAAUUUAAUAAGAAAUAUUAUCGUUCCCGUUUAUUUCUUCUCAAAUAUGUAUAAUUUACUUGUUUAACUACGCCCUUUUUCGCGAUUUUUUAUUUUUCUUUGCUUUGUUAUAGUACAAACUAUUAAGACGAUAGUGAUUUCUGGAUUUGUUAACAUUAUUAUUAAAAUUAAUUUAAGUUUAAUUACGCUUAUGAUAUCGUUUUGUUUAACAAACAAAAACGAUAUAUUGCGUAACAGAACCAUUACCAUUUCCAGACUUGUCAGUUUGAAAAAGUCUAACUGAUCAGCGAUUAAUAAUUUGUUCAUGAUAAUUGAAAAAUGCUGAAUGAAUAUAAAUGUAGUGACAAUCGUUAAAAAAGAAUUAGAAUAUUUAUCGAUAUAUUAUACCGUUAUGAUAAAUUUACUAUCUUAAUAACGAUAAGUGAUAUAUAUGAUUUAUUUGGCUGAAGCACCUAAUUCUUCAAAUAACGAAAUUAACCAAUAAAUCCUACGAACUGUAGUUAUUUAAUAAUAAAGAAUCAUGUAUCGAAGAUUCAAUCAGACACUCAUCUCGUACUACGUAGCGCAAAACCAUUUUCAUGAUUUAGAUUUUAUUUAUAUAAGUAAGAAAUAAAUUUUUAUAGUCUCUAAUAAUUGUAAAUUAUAGUUACAUUAUAGACACAACAAAGUGUCAUUAUAGGUAGCAUAUUAAAUAAACUUUGCGAGCACGAAACGUAUUUGCUUCGUGAAAAUUAUAUGUACGAUUCUGUUAAGAAUCGUAGCAACUUAAAGUCAAAUUAGAUUCACGCUAUUAUAUUUUUGUAUUUUACUUCUUUGCAAUCCCGUUCGGCAAAUCGUUCGCGCCAAUUCAAAAUUAAAUAAGUAUUUCAAAUUUAGUAUCGUUAUUUCCGUUUCGUUCUCCGUAUUCAUAUUGUGAAUAUCGAACCGUUCGAAAUCAGUCUCGUUCGCAUGACUUGCCCACGUGAACCGAUUUCAAUAACAUAUUUACGGGUGUGUUGAAGCCCUAUAUUCGCACGCAGAAAAAGCGUGAAGCGGUUUCCAACCGAACGGUCUAGAACAUCGGUUGCCCCCUCUCGGAUAGGAAAAUUCGUUAGGAGCGAACCGAAUUUCUGCACAUUCUCGGGCAAAAGCUCGAGAGAAGUCGUUCGAACGAGAUUGCGUCCGCAAGGUAGUCAGCGAACGAUUACGCCGGAUUUUAAGUGUCACGGGAGAACGGACUCGAUAACGCGAACUUACGUUGUGCAUAAAUUGUUACAACAUUGAUUGUGAACAAACGAUUACGCUGCUCUGACGUAUCGCUGAGAGCGCCAAACGUUUUGCAUUGUCGCCGAUGAUCGGAGAUCUCUCGUUCCGCGUGGCGUUCGCGAGUGCGUUUUAUCGAUUUGAGCGUUGUUCACGCUCCAGACAUUGUCGCGUGUUCUGAACCAUUAUUGACAUUUUAAUAAAGUGAGAUUAUUAAUUAUUGUGCAAA